AUGGCUAAGGGGGCCCGGCCCAGAGGAAAAUCCCAAGGCUCAGAAAUUACAAUCCAGAUCAAAGAGCCUGCAGGGAGAACACUGGGGACACCGUCCAGGAAGGGCACGCGCUCAGUGCUCAAGGUGUCCCAGCUACUGCUCAGGGCCAUCGCUGACCAACCGGGGCUGACUCUGGCAGAGCUCAAGAAGGAGCUGGGAAAUGCUGGCUAUGAAGUGCACCCGAAGAUCAAAGGAGACAACAGGGACUCUUCCAGGUCUGAGAGGGGUACGCUUCUGAGGGUCAGUGGCAACGAUACCACAGGCUACUUCAGGGUCUGGAAGGUUCCUAAAUCGAGGGAAAAGAUGGGACAGUCCUGGCUGGUGCUGGGCCGCCGCUCUUCAAGGAAGACCCUACUCCAAUUCCGAUCAACAUCACCAAGACUACGCAGACCCCACUCGCAUCGCAAGGCAGCCAAGAAGGCCAGAGAAUUCUGGAAUCACAAGUCUAGGAUUUUUAAGGCAAAGUCCAGGAUAACCAGAUCAAUGGUUAGGAAAAGAAUCAGGUCAAGGGCCAGGUCAAGGGCAAGGUCAAGGUCAAGAGCGAGGUCUAGAGCCAUGGCCCAGGUGUAUGCCAGGGCCCAGGAACAGGCUUGUGCCAGGGGCAAGGAACAGGCUCGUGCCAGAGCCAGGACACAGGAGUGCACCAACACCAGAGAAGAGGCCCAUAUGGGAACCAGGAUACAAACCAGGACCAGGGCAAUGGACAACAUCAGAGUAGGGCCUUCAAGAGAAGAUGGCAGGUCUCGAUCUAAAAAUGAGAGCCGGCCAAACUCGAAAUCCAGGGACAAGAAGAGGCAGGAACCUGAGAGGGUGGUAAAACGAACCAUCCAGAAACCAGCUGUGGCUAUAGUUAACAGUGUUUCCAACCUACAAGGAAAAGCACGCACCAAGGCUUCUGCGAAAAGCAACAGUCCUGGGUGCUCGAGGAAUCCUUAA